AUGGCUUCAAAAACACCAUCCCCUCGCACAUUGUCCCACUACCUGCUGCGGCGCCAAACACUGCUUCGCCCUCGCUGUCACACCCGCAUUCCCAACAGGCCAUACUCUGCCGCCGCACCUGGUGCACGCCUCAACGGCACCGUCGAGUACGACACCACCCCGAUUCUCAAUCACACUGCCAAGUCGACCCUCUCCAACCCCGAGCUGCCUGCAGAGAUACGGAAUGGCCAGACAAAGCGCAUCAACCUGUAUACUGCAAUCAACGAGGCCCUGCGACAUGCAUUGCAGACAGAUGAAAGAGUCCUGGUCUUUGGAGAAGAUGUCCAGUUUGGCGGUGUCUUCCGGUGUACAAUGAACUUGGCUGGCGAUUUUGGCACAGAGCGCGUCUUCAACACACCACUGAGCGAGCAAGGACUAGUCGGCUUUGCCAUUGGAGCCGCUGCCGAGGGCAUGAAGCCUGUCGCAGAGGUCCAAUUCGCCGACUAUGUCUUCCCCGCAUUCGACCAAAUCCACAAUGAAGCCGCCAAGUACAGAUAUCGAUCAGGUAGCACUGGCGUCAACUGCGGUGGUUUGGUUAUACGCAUGCCAACUGGAAGUGUCGGACACGGUGCUCUCUAUCACACACAAUCACCAGAAGCUCUCUUCACCCAUACGCCUGGUCUACGCGUUGUAAUACCCCGCUCGCCCGUACAAGCAAAGGGCCUUCUCCUUUCGGCCAUCCAAUGCCCAGACCCCGUCAUUUUUAUGGAACCCAAGAUACUCUACCGUGCCGCUGUUGAGCAGGUCCCAGUGGAUGCGUACCAUCUUCCUCUCGACAAGGCGGAAGUUCUCAAGACCGGCAAGGAUCUGACAAUCAUAUCCUACGGCACCCCACUAUACACAUGUUCGGCCGCCAUAACAGCCGCUGAGAAGGACUUUGGAUGCAGUGUAGAGCUGAUUGACCUCCGGACCAUCUACCCUUGGGACCGGGAAACUGUACUAGAAAGCGUCAAGAAGACUGGUAGAGCAGUCGUAGUGCACGAAAGCAUGAUGAAUGCCGGCGUUGGAGCAGAGGUUGCUGCGACCAUUCAAGAAAAGGCUUUCCUAAGACUAGAGGCUCCAGUCAAGAGAGUGACAGGUUGGGCUACCCAUACAGGUCUCAUGUUUGAGCAGUUUGUUAUUCCCGAUGUUACAAGGGUGUACGACGCCAUCAAGAAGACAUUAGAUUACUAA